UGGUGUUUGUGUGAUGAUGAUUGGUACUUACUGCUGUCGCCCCAUCCCUGUCUGGUUGGCGCUGUUUCCCAGGAGACCUCUUCUGUCGUCUGAAUCCGUUCCUCGGUAUACAGUGUGCUUUUUGCCUGGCCGCUUUGCACCCCCUCCUCAUGGCCACGGCCUGCCAGGACGCCAACUACGGCGCUCUCCUGCAGGAGCUCUGCCUCACCCAGUUCAAGGUGAGCAUGGAUGCCAUCGGGAAGACACUGUGGUGUGACUGGGACAAGACCAUCGCGAGCUACGGAGAGCUCACAGACUGCACCAGGCAAGUGGCCGACCGGCUGGGCUGCUUCUGGCCAAACGCGGCGGUGGACGCGUUCUUCGUGGCCGUGCACCGGCACUACUUCGGAAACUGCCCCGCGUCCGGCAGGGCCGUGCGGGACCCGCCCCGAAGCAUCCUCUGUCCCUUCAUCGUGGUGCCCAUCCUGGUGACCCUGCUGGUGACGGCGCUGGUGGUCUGGCGGAGCAAGCGCCCGGAGGGCGUCGUGUAGGCGCUCGGCCCCGGGGGGCCAGGCGGGAAGGCCGAGAGCCCGGCCUGGCCUGGGGAGAGCUUCCGGGGCCCUACGUAGUGCAGGCCCCCAACCCCCUCCCUUCUCCCCAGGAAGAGCUCUCAGGAUUUCGGGGUGGUUGCGGUACAGGCGUUAACCCUGAAGGGCUGGAGGUCGAAGCGACCGGAGUGGGGAUCCCGGGUGCUCGGAGGGAGCGGGAGCACAACCGUCACUAUUCCUGGGGCUCUGUCUCCUCAUGUCCCAACGUCAAACCAGACUCUGGAUAAGUAGUUUGUGAUUAAAAGGAUGUCCCCGAA